CCAAACAUUACAUCUCAAGUGACUCUGUAAUAGACGAGUGAGCUCAAGCGAACUCAGCAAUGGCCUCAAAGCAACCGGAACUCGAAAGCUUUACUCUUUUUCCACCGUUGAAUGAGAAAAAUCAGUUAGGGUUAGGGUUAGGUUUUCUUGAUUCUUCAGAAAAGCCUCUCCCACCUCCACCUCCUUGUGUUGAAGUACUUCCCUCUGAGGUUUCAUCAUCUGUGAAGUAUACUGUGGAGCCUGUUAUUCUAAAUGGACUCACGUUGCUCAAGGGACGAGUGAGUACUCGGGAAGUUUUUGCCUUGUCCAAUUCUGAUUUGAUUCCAGGAAAAUAUGAAGGGGGACUGAAAUUGUGGGAAGGUUCCCAAGAUUUAGUCAGAACUCUUUGCUCGGAGGUGCAAGAUGGGAAAUUAUUAUUGACUGGAAAACGAGUUUUAGAGCUUGGAUGCGGCCAUGGACUUCCUGGAAUCUUUGCAUGCCUUGAGGGUGCCGCUGUCAUACAUUUCCAGGAUUUUAAUGCAGAGGUCCUUCGAUGUCUCACCAUUCCCAAUGUAAAUGCAAAUCUUCCAAAGGAGUCUCAAUCUUUGACUAUAGAUGUAGUAGAGUGGAACACCAGGGCAGACAUUCGUUUCUUUUCUGGUGACUGGAGUGAAGUCCAUCAAGUUCUCCCCUAUGCACAUCCAGACAAAGAGGAACCAAAUUGUAGCUCAGGGAUGAAUGUAACUGCUGGUUAUGAUAUUAUUCUUAUGGCAGAGACAGUUUACUCCAUCCCUGCUCUUUCUAACCUCUAUCAACUUAUUAAGAAGUGCAUGAGCCGUCCUCAUGGAGUUGUGUACAUGGCUGCAAAGAAGCAUUAUUUUGGAGUAGGAGGGGGAUCAAGGCGCUUCCUAUCGUUAGUGGAGAAAGAUGGUGUUAUUGCAGCCAGCCUGGUUGCCGAAGUUGCAGAUGGUUCCUCAAAUGUUCGAGAGGUAUGGAAGCUUUCACUUAAGUAGAUUUUGGAAUCACCAGAAUUAGUUGUACAUGUCUACUCUCGAUUAGUAACUUAGUUUUCCGAUAAGAGGGAUCAUGUUUGAUAUAAAUGUACUCUGUGCACAGAAUGGAAAUACAGAUUCUUCUGCUUUGCAGCUUAAAUUUGCUUUUGUUCUACUCGAUUAACAUUCUAGAUUUUUGUAAUAGGGUACAUGUAGCAAAACCUAAAUAUCAUUUUAAUGUUAGCAAUUUUUGUGGCAA